AUGGCCACUGAAAACCGCCUGAAGACAAUCCUGAAGUUGCUGGUUGUCCUCAUAUCUGCAAAAUGUGAAGGGAUGAUCUGUGCCACAGGUACUGUCCUGUCCCUGCUUCGAAGCUAUCCAGCUCUGGGAGAUGAGCCGGCCCAACGUGAGCAAAUCCCAAUCCGCGAUUUCGCGGUGUGCCUCCUUCCGACACGUUGUGAGGAUGACGGCUUAAACAGUAAGGGCCUGGACAAGACUGGUAAGAUUGAUCCGGAUAGGACCGCCAUGAUCAGGUCUAGAGCUCUUGUCAAACCCGAAGUGAAUCCAGUGAUGGGCCUUUUCAAUCAGCUUUCCAGCAACUAG